UAAAUACAUAUUUCCAUUUUUCUUUCAGUUUACACACUUCAAUUAUUCCCUACCAACGUUCUGUCCAACUGGCAACAACAACUUUUCACCAUCCACAAAAUUAUCCAAACAAUUUAAAUUGUUAUUCUAAUUUUACCCAGCCAGUUGUUGAUUGGAGUGGAGGAAAUAAUGGUGGAAGAACGGGGGGAGAUUUAUAUUUAAGAGUUGAUGCUACACUCGAAAUUGGUACAGCUAAUUCUAUUGGAGGAUCGGCGGCUUAUAAUUGGCAUAUGGGAGGAAGUGGAGGUAAUCACAACUUAAUUCCUCAAUUUAACCAACACCACCAUAACAACAACAAUUCAAUGAUUGAUUGUCUUACUAGCAACAAUUCCCAAAUAAAUAAUUUUGGUAUUAAUUGUCAAAAACAAACAACAAAUUCUUUAAUUGGAACAUCCACAAAUUGUUUACAGAUUUCUCAAACAUCCUCACAACAACUUCCAAAUAAUUUAAUAAAAACACAACAACAACAAUAUUCUCCUGAAAAACCUUUUCGUUCAAUAAAAAAAUUAAAAAAUAUUAAAAAAGAAAUUCAAACAACAAAAAAAUUUAUUUCUUCCCCAAACAAAAAUAAAUUUUAUGUUUGUAAUAUUUGUGGAAGACAAUACUGUAGAAAAAGUACUUUAAAGGCACAUAUGAAAAAUCAUGUUGGUGAAAGGCCUUUUAUUUGUCCGGUAAGUGGGGGGGGGGUGGUUCUUUGUAAACUUGUAAUUUUUGUUUUUACCCCCAAAAAUAACCAUUAA